AUGGCGUCUCCAAUUGGCCCUCCAGCGUACGCCGGCCAUGAACAAGGACAGGCCGACAAAGGCGGCAUCACCGCAAACGGCACGGAAUCUCUCAACGACAUCCGAAUCUCCAUGUCCUCUGGCGAAACGAAGCGAAACACGACUCAUCGACAGCUCAAGGCCAGACACAUCCAGCUCAUUGGCAUCGGAGGCACCAUUGGAACCGUUCUCUAUGUUCAAAUCGGAAAAGGCCUCCUCAAUGGCGGCCCGGGCAGCCUGUUCAUCGCCUUCAGCUUCUGGUGCACCGUCGUCCUCGCCGUAACGCUCUGCAUGGCCGAAAUGGUCACAUACCUACCCAUCCCCUCGCCCUUUAUCCGAUUCGCGGGCCGCUACGUCGACGAAGCGUUUGGAUUUGCGACGGGAUGGAACUUCUUCAUCUUUGAAGCUGCGCUGGUGCCGUUUGAAGUGACGGCGUGCAACUUCAUCAUUCGCUACUGGACCGACGCGAUUCCCACCGGCGCACUGAUAGCCAUUGUCAUUGUCUUGUACGCUCUGAUCAACGUGCUGGCGGUGAAGUGGUACGGCGAGACGGAGUUCUGGGCGGCUAUUGGCAAGGUGGUGCUCAUUGUCGGCUUGAUCAUCUUCACCUUUGUCGUCAUGCUGGGCGGGAACCCGAAGCACGACCGUUUCGGAUUCCGGUUCUGGAACGAGCCCGGAUCUUUUGCUGAGCUGUACUACGAGGGUGCCUUGGGCCGGUGGCUGGGCUUUCUGCAGUGUCUCAUCCUGGCGGCGUUUACCAUUGCUGGUCCGGAUUACGUCUCCAUGGCGGCGGGUGAAGCUGAGAAUCCUCGCGUGGUGAUGCCGAGGGCGUAUAAUGCUGUGUUUUACCGGCUGACGGCCUUUUUCAUCUUGGGAUCGCUGUGUGUCGGGAUUCUGGUUCCGUACAACGACAAGGAGCUGAUUGCGGCCUUUGCGAGCUCGAAACCAGGCGCUGCCGCUUCUCCUUACGUCGUUGCCAUGAACCGUCUCGGAAUCGACGUGCUGCCUCACAUCGUCAACGCGGCUAUCCUGACGGCUGCCUUUUCGGCCGGAAACUCGUACGUCUACUGUGCUUCUCGAUCACUGUACGGACUCGCCCUGGAGGGAAAAGCACCGAGAUUUCUGACGACGUGCACCAAGGCCGGCGUGCCAGUCUACUGCGUCGGCUUCGUCCUGCUGUUUGCGCUCCUCUCGUUCCUCCAGCUGUCGUCGAACACGGCCGUGGUGCUCAACUGGUUCGUGUCUCUCGUCACGGCGUCGCAGCUCAUCAACUUUUGCGCCGUGUGCGUGUCGUACUUGUGCUUCCACCGGGCUCUCAAGGCACAAGGCAUCAGCCGCGACUCGCUGCCUUACAAGGCGUGGUUCAUGCCGUACGCGGCUUGGUAUGCGCUGGUGUGGACGUUUGUGAUGGCGUUUGUGGGUGGAUAUACCGUCUUCUUGCCGUUGCCUGGGUAUUGGAACAUUGCCGACUUUUUGUUCUCAUACUCCAUGAUAUUUAUUUAUCCAGUGUUGUACUUUGGGUACAAAUUCAUCCGCAAGACGUCGAUCCAUAAGCCUGAAGAGGUGGACCUUUUUAAAGAUGUGGACGAGAUUGAAGAGUACCAGAGGAAUUACAUUCCUACCCCUCCAAGGAAUGGGCUGGAAAAGAUUGUUAAUAGGAUUUUUGGCUGA